AUGGCAGUGAAAGGUGAACGAUUGAAAUCGGGUGAUGUCCGAGUUACUUGUUCCUCAGCACUCAUCGUGUUGCUGGCAGCGAGCACGUUAACCUCUGUGAGAGCAGAAGAAGAGUAUUUGGCCGAAAAGUGCACAAAAGAUACCCAAUCCUUUUCCCUUGUGGAAUUUGUCGUAUCACUGAACGAGACCGUGGCGGUAAGAGCGUCAAUAUUUCAAGGUGGCUCCUCGAAAUAUGUCUUCCUUCUUUUCAAUGCGUUGCGGCCUUUUUCUCGUACACGAAAACGGAACGAGAAGCUGAACGAAAUUCCUAGGAGUAUCGACAUCUCGUCUAUUGACGCAUAUUUCAACCGUUUCGAUGGAUCCUAUUCCGCCAAGAAACCAGACUGGUUCGUCGAACUUGUCCAUGAUCGGUCUGUGCGGUUGGGCAUUCUUAUAUUUGAUCGAGAUCGCUUUACAAAUGUCGUCAAAAUGAAAUCGUUCGCCGUAAGCCGAUCGAGGCGUUUCAGAGACAUCAGCAACGAUUGCGUGGUGCCCAAGUGGGAACACGAUCCUUUUUACACUGCCACGGAUCUUUGCCACGUGUUUGGUUCGCCGCUUCGAGUCGGACGCUGCCCAACCGGCAAGGGGUUGCCUGGCGACUCAGUUUGUGGCACCCUCAAGAAAACUGUCGCUGUAGACGACUGUGUGAGUAUAUCAUUGGCUUCUGUAUUCGUGCCUUGCAUCUGGAAGACAGACGAUGCAUUAAAUACAUUGCUAUUAAAUUAUUAUUACAUAUUAAAUACUUUGCAUAACUCCGGCAUGGCCGGUCCCAAGCCCGGAUGAGA